AUGGCUUGGGUGUUUAUGCAUCCCAGAGAUGUUCUCGAUGAUGGGCGGUGCACCUGCCCCCUCUGCGAGAAGACAACUAUCCUCAUCCCCGCGGUCAACACGGUAGAGGGCAGUACCAACUUUGGCAGAUACUAUGUUUUGUGCUCGGAGCCCUAG